AUGUCGCUGCCGGACGCGGCCGAGGCGCGGCGCAUCUCGGCGCAGCUGGAGGCGCUGGAGCAGCAGCGCGCGCAAGGAAACCUGCCGCAUGAGGACACGCCGCUGCGUCUGUACCGAGUGGGCGGCGGCGGCUUUGUGCGCGUCCUGGACCGGGACCCAGAGCCGAUCUCCCAGGACAUGCUGGAUGCAAUCGAUGCGUUUGUCAGGAGACGCGUCGAGGAUGACGAGGAUCCUUCUAGCUCGACAGGCGUGGGGAUUGCUCCACCGUGGGAAGCAGCUACUGCUGCGAAGACUCCGCAGGAGCUGUUGGCGAAGAAUGAGAAGGCGAGCAACUGGUUAAACUCCAAUUUGACGGAAAUGAAUCAAUCUGUGGAUCAUCCGAGUUUGUACGAGCAAUGGCCACCGCAGCUGGAAGAACGGAGGAAGAUGUGGUUUGUCCCUCGUAGCUCCAGUAGAAGGCCGUCUGGGGCUGGGAUGGGGAUGAAGCGGACAGUCGUUUACUGGAUGCACAGCACGCUGCGCGUGAUGCAGGGGAAUUACGGACUGGAGGCGGCGAUUUUGCUUUCAAGAAGACUAGCUGUACCGUUGGUGGUGCUGUGCCUUGUGCCGUCUUCUAUCGUCUACCCGGUCUGUCAUUCAACAACAGCGAGCGAUGCGUACGCCCGGUUUUCGUUUGUCGAGUUGUACCAACAGUUCGCGCAGGCGGGAGUACCGUUCUUCGGGGUCACAGCUAAGGAGGACGGUGUUUCGACAUCACAUGAACAGCAGUCGCUUGCAUUGAAGCCGAACCCACUGUACGAAUUACUAGACGCAUUCGCGCCACGCGCUGUCGUGACCGACGCCAUGUUUGAUUCCUCGAGCAGAAGCGAUAUGGUGCAUUUGACUCGGUACUUGGAGCUGAACCGGUCGUCUUGCAGUUGGUCACUCCUCUCUAUGGAUUCCACAACGUGUUGCCCCGCUUAUCAACUUUCGAUGAAGCUACAGAGUACACUCGAGCCUGGUGCUGCCUUUGCGACUGAAGAGCAGUUUGGUGCUGAGUACGCAUCAUUUGCUCAGCCUCGCAAUGGAACGUACGUCUUCAGCCCUCUGCCUCGUGUUGGUACUCAAGACGCAGCUCAGAACCAGCGACGAUCGGAUUUAUUAGCUACUGUUCUGGAGAAGCUGCAGCUGGAAAAUGUUAACUGGGAAGUAGUGAAGGCAGAAAACACGCAGUCGAGUUCUCAAAUGCGGCGAUUCAGCGAAGGGGAGGGACUUCAGAGGCUUAGCCAGCUUCUGUCUGGAUCAGAUAGCCAGCCAGCUAUUCAAGCGGAGCUGCGCGGUGGUGGCGUGCUGAGUCUGAUGCCAUUUAUUCGUCACGGCACGCUGUUCGCUGGGUACGUCCUGCGCCGGAUAAAUGAAGCAAUUGCCUCGAGUCCUACACCGACAACCCCACAAGCACGGAAGGCACUCGCUAUGCGAAAGGUAAAUCGUGAACAAACAGUUAUGAGAUCUCGUGCUGUGAACCACUUAGGGAAAGAGCGCGACUAUGCCUUGUACCUUGCGCUGUGGUCUGGUGUACGUGGCGGAUCCAGUGAACCAAAUGGACUAGUCCAGCCAGACAUCGCGUUGCUGUCAACCAGUGACAUCCUUUCUGGCUUACGAAUGUCCACGCCUCGAACCUCCUCAUUGGAAGCAUAUCGGAAUGUGCUACCCGGCUGGACUUAUAGCUCUGCCAAACUGGGAGAAAGCACGAACGGCCAAGCACCAGGGGCAGCCCUGUAUGAUCCUUACGAGUUGGAAAGCGCGCGAACGAAGGACUUAUACUGGAACGAAAUCCAGAAGUUCCUCGUUGAGCAGCAGUAUCUACACCCGCUUCUGGUCGUAUACUGGGCUUAUCGUGUGCUAACCUGGAGCGUGUCAAGCAGAGCAGCUAUUGCGACAAUUGAGUCGCUGAUUUCGCAGUGUGCACUGGGCUCUAAGAGCUCUCCUGAUGCGGUAUUCAUCGUGUGGAAGCAACUAUUCCGACUCGGAUCGAAUGGCAACGGUGUCAGUGGCGGUACGAAUGGGAAGAGUACUCCAAACCUUGAAGGUCUCCGAGAAUUUCAGCUCCUUCUAGAGAGGGAGCUCGCGUCGCAACCGAAACUGCAGCUACAUCCAUGA